CGUCCCUGGAGGGUUACUGCAUCGCCGGCGUUUCUGCUGGUUGGAGCCACUCUGGCUUCGUCUCAGGUUUCUUCCCUUAUCUCAAUGGCGGCUUUUGGCGUUUCUAGAUACCGGAUGCCUAUUUACUUGUGGAGAUGGCUCGUUUGGUCAGCUUGGUCACGGAAACCUCGAGUCGUGUUCCUCUCCCAUCGAGGUCUCAUAUUUUUUGUCUAAGCACGUCGAUCAGAUAGCCUGCGGCAUGCGCCAUUCACUUGUCCUGUUGAAAGGCGAUCCCAAUAACCGAGUUUAUGGAUUUGGGUCAUGCAAACGUGGUCAGCUUGGUCCUACCAGUAAUAGAACAAGAUCGACCAGUCUACCUCAGGCUAUCCAAGGACUGGAGAACAUUGAGAUCGUAAGUGUAGUUGCUAGUGGAGAUCAUAGCGCAGCAUUAUCCUCUGGUGGACGAGUAUACACUUGGGGAAGGGGGUUCCCUGGCUUUUCUGAUGUUCAUUCUCCUAUAGAGUUGCCUUCUCUGUUGCGGAUCAAGCAGAUUGCACUUGGGUGGAAUCACGCAUUAGUGUUAACGGAUGGUGGUGAAGCUUUAAUUCUCGGAGGCAAUCGCCAUGGUGUUCUGGGCAAUCUAGAGAACCUGGGCUUGAUCAAUCAUAGACCCGAUGUAUCAGCAUUGGUUCUAGAGAGAGUUCCUGGUCUUGAUGGGAAAAAGGUCAUGCAGAUUGCUGCAGGAGCUGAACACUCGGCUCUAGUGACAGAGGAUAUGGAAGUAAUGACAUGGGGAUGGGGUGAGCAUGGCCAGCUUGGCUUGGGAAGUACUUGCGAUUGGAUUGAACCUCAACAAGUGAGUCUAGGCCACACACUUCCAGAUCAUUGGGCAAAAUGUAGUAUUUAUUGUGGAAGUGGCUUUACCUUUGUGAUAAGGAGUCGCACUUCGAAUGGUCCUCAUCAAGAUGAUUAGUCAAUUUGUUGGCUGUCGACUAUUAAGGCAUCCGUUACAUCGAUCUGCCAAAUUAUAGAAAUCAUACUACAGAUGUACAGGAUGAGGAGGGAAAUUUCCACAACGACAAUGCAAUUCUGACUGAUAAGACAAGGGAAACAGAUUCGGUUUUGGCAUUUUUCUUCCUUACGCAAUUUGCGCAGGCUUGACCAUGUACGGAUAGUUGUAUUUGCAGAUGUUAGCAUCAGUCUUG